GCCAUGGGCAAGCACAGCAGCAAGCUGGCCCCGGAGAUGCUGGACGACCUGGUGAGGAGCACGGAGUUCAGCGAACAGGAGCUGAAGCAGUGGUACAAGGGCUUCCUCAAGGACUGCCCCACCGGAAUCCUCAAUCUGGAGGAGUUCCAGCAGCUCUACAUGAAGUUUUUUCCCUAUGGUGACGCCUCCAAGUUUGCCCAGCACGCCUUUCGCACCUUCGACAAGAACAGCGACGGCACCAUUGACUUCCGAGAGUUCAUCUGUGCCCUGUCUGUCACCUCUAGGGGGACCUUUGAGCAAAAACUCAACUGGGCCUUUGAGAUGUAUGACCUGGAUGGGGACGGGAAGAUCACACGCUUGGAGAUGCUGGAGAUAAUUGAGGCCAUCUACAAGAUGGUGGGGACUGUGAUCAUGAUGCGGAUGAACCAAGACGGGCUGACGCCCCAGCAGCGCGUCGACAAGAUCUUCACAAAGAUGGACAAGGACAAGGAUGACCAGAUCUCCCUAGAGGAGUUCAAGGAGGCAGCCAAGAGCGAUCCCUCCAUCGUCCUCCUGCUGCAGGGUGAUGUGCAGAAAUAGGGCCGGGGCUCAUGGCUGGACUAGCUGCAGCCAACCUCAGCUCCUCAUGAUGGUUUCUGUCCCCAUGCCCUUCUGAGUGCCCCAUGCCUGCUUGGCCCCGUGCUUGGUUCCUGCUGCCACCCCUCUGCUCUGCUCCUGGGCACUGCCGGCUCGAGGUCCCCUAAACCAGACCUUGCAGCUAAACCUCUGAACUGGGGGAGCAUCCCGACACAGCAGGGCCAGCUGACCUCACACCCUGUUGCCCACCGUCUCCAUGGGGAUCCCGGUCCCAGCUCUUCUCCUUCCCACUGACCCUGCUGCCGAAGGGCUCAGGGUCCUGGCCCUGGUGCCUGCUCUGCUGGCAGCACCUCACGGGGCUGUUGGGGCUCAGGACUGGUUCUAGGUUGUGUCCUGCUCUCCCCCCUCCCUUACCCAGCUGUAGAUUUUCUGCUUCUGCUUUUGGUGGUGGGAAUAGUCAAGGGUUGGGCAGGGGACUUCAGGAAGUGUCCAAGGCCACCCUCGGCCACGGUACAUAUCUGAUCCCAGAAACCACACCAUCUUCUCUGGUGGGUGACUUCCAGAACUGCUCUGGCACUACUGAGGAUUCCCAGAGUGUUUCUGGCCCUCCUGAUUGCUGCAGUGCCUACUGUCCCAGCCCCCUGCCUCUGUCCCUCCUGUCUCAGAACAGCAAUAUUGUCACAGUGGUAUUUAUUCUGCACAUUGUGGUGACAAUGACUGUGAUAUCUGUUAGGAGGCUGUGGAGUUACCUACUUUUUUUCCUUUUUUUUUUUUUUUUUCAUGGAAAAAUAAACUGUCCCCCAUUGGUGGCAU